AUGGAGCAGGUCACGGGGAAGAUGGAGCGAGUAAAAGACUCGGUGAAGGAGACUCUGGUCGGCACUGAGGACGAGCCUCAGAUGUCGCUGCAGUCGAGACAGGAGUUCAUGCAGCACGCAGUCAAGGAUGAGACCUCCGGCGAAUACUACAUGUCGGAGAAGCAGUUCAUCGACGCUGUUGCACCCGCCGGCGAAGACUAUCACAAGAUCAAGCGCGACCAGUACGCCGUCCUCUUCCAGAUCGCCGACCGAAAUCAGAAGAAUCGCGUCACCCUGCAAGACUGGUCAGUCUUCAACAACCUCCUCGCCAAGCCAGACGCCGAGUACGAAAUCGCUUUCCGCCUCUUCGCCGACUCUGACUCUGGUCUCGUCGAUUUCAACACGUUCAAGGAUGUCUACGCACGCAACAAGACUAGCGACAGCAUCCCCUUCAACUGGGAUAGCGAUUGGGCCAAGCUCUACCUUGGCGGCAAGAAGCAUCGACACAGCAUGACAUAUCCGCAAUUCGCACAGAUGCUGCGUGGUCUGCAAGGCGAGCGCGUGCGUCAGGCGUUCUUGCACUUCGACAAGAAUGGCGACGGCUACAUCGAGCCUGAGGAGUUUCAGCGCAUCAUCGUCGAGACCGCCUCACACAAGCUAUCUGACCACCUCCUUGAGAAUCUGCCCACCCUCUGCAACAUCAGCCCAGGAUCUAGAAUAUCCUACGCCAAUGUUCGAGCUUUCCAGAACAUCAUUCGAGAGAUGGACCUCGUCGAGCUUCUCAUCCGCAACGCCAUCGCCAAGUCUCCCGACGGCAAGAUCACGCGACAAGACUUCCAGAACGAAGCUUCAAGAUCCGCUCGCUUCUCUCAAUUCACUCCAAUGGAGACCGAUAUCCUCUUCCACUUUGCGUCUCUCGACCACCCGUCCGGCCGUCUAGGAAUUCAAGACUUUGCUCGCGUGCUCGAUGCCAGCUGGCGCGCUGGUCCCGAUGGCACCGAUGAUCCGCUUCAUGGCGUGUCUGACCUGGCCACCAAAGCCGUCGCCAAGUCUGGAAGCGUCGUCCACGAUAUCCUGGUCUCAGUGCAUCACUUCGCACUCGGUUCGCUUGCCGGUGCCUUCGGUGCCUUCAUGGUCUACCCCAUCGACUUGGUCAAGACUCGAAUGCAGAAUCAACGCUCUGCCAAUGUGGGUCAGCUGCUUUACAAGAACAGCUUCGAUUGCUUUGGCAAGGUGUUCAGGAAUGAGGGCAUUCGCGGUCUGUACUCCGGUGUCCUGCCCCAGCUCGUCGGUGUGGCUCCUGAGAAGGCCAUCAAAUUGACGGUCAACGACCUCGUCCGUGGCAAGUUCACCGACAAGAAGACGGGCGAUAUCCCCACUUGGGCGGAGAUCCUCGCUGGUGGCUCGGCAGGUGCGUGUCAGGUCGUCUUCACCAACCCACUCGAGAUUGUGAAGAUUCGGCUGCAAGUUCAGGGUGAGGCCAUUCGCGCCGCGGCUCAAGAGGGCGAGACGAUUAAGAAGCGCUCGGCUCUCUGGAUCGUGCGUCACCUUGGUCUUGCCGGUUUGUACAAGGGUGCAUCGGCAUGCUUGCUGCGCGACGUCCCAUUCUCAGCAAUCUAUUUCCCAACCUACGCCCACCUGAAGAAGGACUUCUUCGGCGAAUCUCAGACCAAGAAGCUUGGCGUCUUGCAGCUCCUCACUGCUGGUGCUAUUGCUGGUAUGCCAGCUGCUUACCUCACCACGCCCUGCGACGUUAUCAAGACCCGUCUCCAGGUCGAGGCUCGCAAGGGUGACACCACCUACACUGGCCUCCGCGACUGCGCACGCAAGGUCUUCCAAGAGGAGGGCUUCAAGGCCUUCUUCAAGGGCGGACCAGCUCGUAUCGUGCGUUCUUCGCCACAAUUCGGUUUCACACUCGCCGCGUACGAAGUCUUGCAGGGGCUUCUCCCAUUCCCCGGCGAAGGCGAACCCAAGGACGUCGGUCCUCGCGGCAGCCUCGAGCCAGCCACCGGAUUGCACGAGGCCAAGGCUCCUCUGCCACACCUGCGUUGCCGCAACGCACUCAAGAUCAUCAACGACCUGGACCUUGGAUUCGGCAAGAUUCAGCCACCUCGAGAGGGUGGAGUGACAGGCUGGCUGGGUGGUAAACUGACUGGUGCGAAGGACCAAGCUCAGCCACCUCCAGUGGCGAAGUAA